AGGAGGAAGGAAUGAGGGAGGGGGACCGAGAGGAGAGAGAGUAUGUGUGUGGGGGGUAGGAGGGGGCUCCUGUGCCAGUGAGGAAUUAUUUCUCUUUUUUUUCUUUGGUCUUCAAAAUAACUGCUUUAGUACACCUUCUGUUCACUGGCGUUGCUUUAAUAAACUUUUAUAUUCUCACAGUCGUUAACUUUUUUUUGUUGUUGUUUUGGAGACAGCCCUUAAGGGGUGUGUUUGUCGGAGGUUAGACAAGCGGAGAAGGUUGUAGGAAGGAACCAAAAAUAAUUCCACAGGACAAGGUAAAGUGUUAUGCACUGGGGUCCAAUUUUUUAAUCCUCCUUGUCAUUCAUUCAGAAACAAACUCUGAUAACUUGUGCACAUGCCUUUGGAAUUUAUCUUUCAGCCUUGAAUUACGUUUGCACUGGUUAUAGCUAUGAUAUAAUUUAAGUUUAAAAAGUCUCCAUUUGGUUAAGAAUGCUGAAUAUUUUGGAUGCUGUUGUGUGACAAUAUCAGUUUGUGUUGAAGUUCCACCGAAUUGUGUCCGGAUCCCUUUGUCUUUUUUUCAUACGUAUAGAGCUUGGCAUCGCUUGUUGGCUGGUCUGUACUUUUAAUACCUGGCAUCCUGCUAGCAACACACGGUAGUGUAUAAUUCAGCUCUGAAUGCUUACGUUGAAGCAAGCUCUGAGAUGUGGGGGUGGCAAGAGCAGACUGUUUGGGACUUGUAGUUCAUAGCAGUGGCCUAGAAGCAGGUGAAGUCAUACUUAAGGACUGCACUUCCCAGAGUGCCUUGCCCUUGGCCAUACAGGAAAGGGAACAGCCAGUAGCCUAUCCUAGUGGGGAGGUGUGGUGAUUGAGAAGCAGGCAAGCCAAUCACCAAAGGGGAAGUGAAGCUAGAGCAGUGGGCUGAAAAUAGAGUGGGGGAGUUAGUAGGUGUCUGACUGUGUGGGAUCAGGCAAGGGCUUGCCUGUGUAACUAGGGCCACUCGGAAGUUUCCUGUCUGCAGUUGCUCCAGAGCAGAGCCCUGCCCAGGCACAGAGGCAGGCAGGCAGGCAGAGGGAGACUGAGCUGACCCAAAGGGAAACAAUUCUUGCCGGCCGGUAAGAGCUCCAAAUGCACUCUCACUCUCUCUGGUGUCUGAGACGGGAAAGGCAAGCUAGAAGAGAAAUAAUGGAAUCUUAAAUGGGGAAAGAGAGGGACUUGGCUUGAUUAAGUUCAGAGCGCUUGACCCACUUGCAGAUGGCAUAGAGAUGGAAAACGGAGGCCUGCUGUGUUAAGACAGGCAGACGGACAGACGGCAGGACGGACGGACGGGUGGCGGCUGCGAUUGGCGGCUCGGCGGCAGGCUGGUGGAAAAUGUCGUCGGGAGCAGGUGGGCGGGGAAGACGUGAGGGGAGGGCCUGUGGGGGUGCAGGCGAGGUAGAGGAAGGACCAGUGGGCAUCCCCUUCCCCGAGCACAGUGCUGACCUGCUGGGCAGUCUCAACCGGCAGCGGCUAAGUGGGCUGCUGUGUGAUGUACUGCUAGUUGCCCAAGAGAGAGAAUUCCCUGCCCACCGCUCCGUGUUGGCCUCCUGCAGCACCUACUUCCACAAGCUUUUCACCUCUGGCCUGGCUGCUGACCGCCAGAAAGUCUAUGCGCUGGACUUUGUGCGGCCUGAGGCGCUGGCCGCCCUCUUGGACUUUGCCUACACAGCCACACUCACAGUCAGCCGCAACAGUGUGGUUGACAUCCUAAGCGCUGCCCGUGUGCUGGAGAUCUCACCCGUCCAAGAUGUCUGCACACACCUGCUGGACACCAAAGUGCUCUCCCCGCCGGCGGGCAGUGAGCAAGAAGAAGAGGAGGAAGAAGAGGAGCGAGGAAAGAAUGGAAAAGAGCAGGGCAUCCGGCUGCGUGCCCGUGAGUACUUGGAGUUCUUCCAGAGGGGGGCGCAUUGGGGUAGCAGCUGCAGCACGCCAGAGCUCAGGGACCUGCCCGCACACCUGCACUUUAGCCAACGCAAUGGCGCUGACAGCAAUGGCACACCCAUCGGCCUUGCUGACUACUACUCCCCACUGGCCCAGGCCCUAUCACAGCCACCUCGUGAGCCCGAAGAUGAGAAUGUGGAUGAGGAGUGCCAGGAUGGAGCUUCAGCUAUAGCUCGAGGGAAAGGUGCAGAGGCUCUGAUACCCUUUUAUGCUCCCACUCAGAAUGGACAUUACUACCUCCAUCAGGCCGAGCUUAAAUCAGAGAGAGAGGUGGAGGUGACAGGUGAGCGGGAGCACGAACAAGGCCCUGCCAGUGCUUUACUACAACAGAUGAUGGACUCCUUGGAGCAGAAAAGGGAACAAGCCACGACAGGUGGUGGGGGUGAGGAGGAUGGGCCGGAGGGCGAAGAGCAAGACGUGGAAUUUUACUUGAAGUACUUUAAUAGUGCGACGCACGAGGAGGCCACCACUCCCUCCAUGUCUCCAAGUCUGCUACCACUGUGGUCAGUGAGGGGCAACGGUGGUGGAAACCAAGCGACUGGAGGGGGUAACAGCGGUGAGAGGAAGAUGCGCUCUAAGGCCUUCCAGAAGUGCCCCAUCUGUUCCAAGGUCAUCCAAGGUGCAGGCAAGCUUCCACGCCACAUCCGUACACACACAGGAGAAAAGCCCUAUGAAUGCGCUAUCUGCAAAGUGCGAUUUACCAGGCAGGACAAGCUAAAGGUUCACAUGCGCAAGCAUACGGGAGAGAAGCCUUACCUGUGUACUCAGUGUGGCGCUGCCUUUGCCCACAACUACGACCUGAAAAAUCAUAUGCGUGUGCAUACAGGCUUGCGCCCCUACCAGUGCUCCAGCUGUUUUAAAACCUUUGUGCGCUCAGACCACCUCCACCGUCAUCUCAAGAAAGAUGGCUGCAAUGGCAUCCCUUCCCGUCGUGGCCGCAAGCCACGCAUACGAGAUUCUGAGCUCCUGGAAGGUCCUUUGGAACUUCAUGGCCCAGAAGCAGACAUCGAGAGAGGUCGACGGCAUCUAGACAGGGGCACAGGAACAUCAGUCAUGGAGGAAAAUCACGGUAGUCACACGCACAGCCCGGUUGCCGAUGGGGAAGGUAGUGAAGAUUUGACCUCGGGCCAAAGGGACUCUGUGACUACAUGAAUCAGACUUCGCCAGAGAGGGCUUUACUCAUAAAUGAGAGGAAGAAUGAAAUGAAAAAUAAGAACUUCAAACUAUAUGGUCCUCUUAAAAAAAAAAAAAAAACAAAUCAGGGUGUCACGCAAAUCUAAUCUUCUGGUUUCUUUUUCCUCCUUUUUUAGCUUCCGCAUAGACUUAACCACCAAGUUACUGGUCUGUUGGAAGAGCGAAGAGCACUUCAAAUCACUCACCCAUGCUGUCAUCAUCUUUCUGGGUCUUUUUGUUGGUGUUUUUUGUAACAUAAUGGCAAAGCCAUGUGUGUACGAAAAAAAGCUACUAUGCAGUUUAAACAAGAUCCUCAUCUCUGGGUUGCAUCUACAGGGCCUUGUCUUAAAAAGUAAGGUGUCAAACACCAGGCUAACUGCUGCUUCAACAGGUUAGCUAUGAAUGGUCUAAGAUGUGAUCAAGGCAACCAAUAGAUCUCUUUUUCUAAUGCAAUGAGCAACAUGUACAUACACUAUGAAAAAAUAUAUUGUCUCAGAUUGCAAUAUAUGCAAUAUUCUGAUGCAGCACCUUUUUUCUAAAUGUUCCAGAAAGAAUCGGACAGGGGUUUGAUUUAAAGUGUUACUUUCUCUAUAAAAGAUGUUUUUUGAUAGCUUAUCUUUUCAUGGUUUAACAGGUUACCGUUUUGAGUCGAAUACACAUGGGGAGAUCUCAUUAAUUUGUUUCUGGCAGGGAGAGGGUAAGAGUAGGGAUGAGGACCUGUGUUUCUAAAGCACUACCUUCAUCUGAUCGCCACUGGGCACAAUCAUGUUAAAUCUUACCUCUCACAGGCCUACUUUUCCUUAUUGGCAGUCUUACUUGCAUUAUAUUCUUUCUUAUUUUUGGGAUUGUCUUAAUAUUUUGUCAUUUGAUUUUUCUUUUUGACCUUUGAGUUGACUAUUUUGGGUACUUGACACUUUACAUUUGUAUACGUGUGUAUAUAUUAGGUUGUAAUCUUAUGAGACCCUUUACAAGAGAUAUACUGUAGAUAGAUAGGGUUACAUCUUUCUUAAGCUUCACUCCAGGUUUCUCACUGCGUUAAGUUUGCAGGGGGAAAUACGCUGUUUGAUGUUUUAGACCAUUAUAAUUGAGAAACCCAUUUUUUCCUAAGCUGCACUUAAUGGAACCCAGAAGUUUCCGCCCAAAGUAUGAAUUGUGAUAAAUGUGCUUCAUUUUGAGUCUUUCUGCAGGAGAGUGAAACUGUACGCAACAGAUGAGUGAGGGCACCACUGUUAUACAGAUGGCUAGUGGACAACUUAAGCAGGGAAUCUUUUAUUUGUUUGCUUGUUUCAGUGACAGAAGGAGAGAUAAAGAGUCGAGCACCUUUUUUAUGCAUUUGCACAGCUUUACUAAAGAUAUCCAACAGAGAUGGAGAAAUAUCUAUUUAAGGAGGCAGUUUGGGUGGGGAGAUACAAAGUGCUUAUUCAAUUUCUUUGCCCAAGGGACCACAGAGAAAAAAAAAAUCUAAAAGAACCGGAGCGAUAAGGCGAGCAAUAAAUUAAUGUCCAAGUCCAAAUAAGCACACAGCUGUAGCUAAGUAAGUGGGAGGGUCCAGUUUUUACUAUUCGAAUUGUGAACAUUAUCAAUUAAUGCAAUGUAUAUAGUUACAAAAUGGGAUCAGUUAAGCCUAAUUCACCACGUAAAUUAUUGGCUGAAGUUUUUUUUUUAAAAAGAAAGUGUCCUAAAACUGAGACUUUUAUUUUAAAGUAAUAUGUGCAGCUUGCAUUGAUGAGAGCGGGUGCAGCACCAUCCUAUGGCCACAUCAGAGCAGGAUAACUAAAAUCAGAGUGGGUGCUUUGGUUGAGUUAGGCCACUCAUUUAAAUAAGGCCAUGUAUGAGAGCAAAACUUCGCUAAGGCAGAGCCUUUUAUAGCUGAUGAAGUGGCAGGUUUGAAAGAAACUUUCCAUCCACAUGCAUCCUAAAAGUAGUUUGUGAUCCUUGUUAAAUCUUUCAAGUGGAUCUCAUUGUAUACAAUGGCUGUGGUUACAGCCAUGGAUGCACAGUUUUGUUCUUGUGUGAAUUAGAGGAUAUAAUUUUGUGGCAUCAUUCCUUCUGCAGUGCUGUACCCUGUUUAUUGGCCUUUUGCACCUUAAUAAGAUAGAAGCAAGAUUUGAAUGCACUUUGUUACUGAGAAGGGCACUUUUUAGUCAAAAGAAACGGGUACUUUCAAACAAAAGAGCAAAUGUGCUAAAAAUAAAAAGGCCCAUCCAAGUGGGGAUACUUAGCUUUUUUUAUUAUAAUAGUAAUUAUUAUUAUUUUGGCUUGUAUGUGUUGCUUUUGUUUAGGUCUUGACACCGAGCUGCCAAAAAAGUGCACAGUCACUCGAGAGAAAGGACAGGGUGAAGAUUUCGUGUUCAAAUUUUUGAUUGAUAUGACGUUAAUAGAAAAGAGAGUAACAAAAGAAAAUAAAAUAUAUAUAUAUAUAUAUAUAUAUAUAAAUUGCACUUGAAGUUAAUUGAAAAGUUCUCUAUUUUGUCUUAAUACAGAGGAGCGUAAAGAUGUGACUGCAUCUGCAGGGAUUUAUGACAAUAGUCUAUAACUACAUAGUCCAUUUAUACCGUCUUGUUUCUGUCAAUGCAUUGCAAUAUGCUGAAUUACGCUGGUCAAGUGUCAUGUUCACUUUAAAUUUGUUGUUGAAGGCCCCACCCUAAGCAUCACACUACUGUAAGUUACGAAGUAAGUUUUUGUGUGACUGGCCACGGCAGAAUUAAUCCUUCUGGAAAUUCCAGUGUGUGAACUUGUUUUCACACCCCAAAACACUCAGUUAAUAAUACAUCACAUGCCUGUAAGGGUUUGUGUGGUAAUACAUUGACCUAGACUAUCUCUUAUCAACUGUUUCACUCAUUGCUUGUGAUCAUCCAAUAUGAAGUUCACAGUAGCUUUUAGAUUCUUUUUUUUUUUUUUUUCUCCACCCAAAUUUAUCCUCCCUCAUUGCAGAAGUUGGUGUGGAAUUGUUGUGGAAAGAGCCUACUUGAGUUCCCGUUCUGUCUAUUGUUUUUCUUUCUGUGAUUGAGUGUGAGAAAGUUUAAAACUUGCUAUGCUUUUUUUUUUUUUUUAGUUUUAUUGUAAAAUGUGUUGCGGCUUGUUUGUUUUUCUAGCGAAGAUAAUAUUAGCUGUGUUUGUGGGGUUUAGGGUUAAAUGGAUGGUUAGGUGGGUGGGAGGGAAAGGGAGGUACAAAGCCUGAUAGCACUGGAAAUGGUGCUUUAGCUGAGAGAGUUUUUGCACUAAAAGUCACUCAUGUCCUUGUCCUUGGAGGAGGAGGACUGGGGAACCGGCAAAAGGCAUGGCCUUUGAGUUUCUGUGAACACAGAGUCUGUUUAAUCUCCACUUCCCUAUGCUUGAAUCUUCAAUUAACUCUUUGAAAACCAAAGUAGGGAAAGACUAGGAUGACAAUUCUUAAAGCGAUUCUUGGCCAUUAAAAGAGGUGAAUCUUACAUAAACAUAAGUAAACAAAACCAUUUCCUAGACAAGUGUAAGUCAAGAGUCCAAAGAAUCUCCAACAGAAAUAAGCAGCUUGAGGAAAGACACAGUAUUCAUAGAAUGGCUUAUUUCCAAUGGUUAACAGGAUCAAACCCUAAGCAUCUGUGUCUACGUAGCAGUUUGGUGGAGUUAUUAGAGGUCUUUGCGAGUUCACACAGACUCAUUGGCUUGAUCUGGAGGGGGUGUAAGCCUUGUUCAGAGGGUCCAAAAGGAGUCAGGGGCAGAGUCUUGAAGCUGAGAGAAGAUGAUUGUGGAGAGAAUGUGCCUUAACUUAAAAGGAGAGAUUGGGAGGAUUCUUCAAAAGAUGGCUUCCAUUCCAGCUUCCUAAAUGAUUCUUGAAUACUUGUCGGUUGAUAUCAAUGUUUUAUUGUGGACAUUUCUAAGAACCAAACGGUUGUUUGUCCAGAGAUUGUCUAAUACACCUCAUCUAGUUAAAAUUGUAUCCUGGGAAAAAAAAAAAAAGUUGAUCGCAGAUUCUGUCACUUUUACUUCCAUUUGGCGCUGUUUAUUGCUUCUGCCCCAAUCAUGACUCCACUGACAGACACUACAGUGAGAAAGUGUCUCAAAAAAACCUUUUCCAUGACUUCAGAAGCACCGUAUAUGUAAUAUCCAAAACUUUUAUCUAUUUUGUGUCUUUAUUGGUUUAAUUUAUUGGACAGGAUGUCAGAAAAGCAUUAAAGAUUACAAUGACAGUGAUAACCGUAAUAAUCAUGGAUGAUAAUCUUACUACAAUUUUAGAUGUUCUGACUGGGUCAAAGCACAACUAGCUGAGGAUGACAUAAUGUAUGGCUAGGUUUGCACAGUUGUUCUCACCUGAUCCACUGCUGUUUGAUGCCCAGAGGGCGCGUUGCACAAGGAGCGGCUCAUGGGUGGGGGGUACUAGUUUGCACAGAUUGGGGAGGGUGGGUAGCAUUUUUGUGCAGGUUGGGCAGGGGAACUGUGUCUUAUAAGGGGGCUUUGGAGAGCCUUGUCAGGUAUUGCUGUGCCAUUCUGUGUACCUAAGGAAUUUAUAGCCAUCUACGUCUUUGACUGCCUCAGCUGGUUAUGUUUCACUGAUCAAGGAGAUGUUCUGGAGAGCAGAUGUCAGAGAUUGUGUUGGGAGGCAGGGGGGAUUUGGGGAUUAUGGGCCAUUGUCUAUGCUUCUCAGGUUAAAUAAAUACGGCAGUCCAUGUCCAUUUUUGUUGUUUGGUUUAAGCUCAAAAUUUGCCUUCUGUGUAAUCAAAGCUUUAUUGUACUGAGAGUACACCAACCGAAUAUAUAUUGAGUUUUAGAGAUGAUAUCGAAAAGCCAACUACCCUUGUGACCACAACACCAUUUUUGUUUUGCCUAAUAAUUGUACACUUCUUUUUUUUUUUUUUUUUUUUUCCUAGUGUAGAAAAACCAAUGGCAAAAAGUUUUUGUUUUUUUUUUUGUUUUUUUUUUUGGACACAUCUUAACAUUCUAGAAAAGUGUAUUGUCUCAGAAUGAGGCAAAGACAGCAGUGAAUUAUGGGAUGGAGACAUCAAAUCUGAGGUCUUCAACAAGUCAAGGAUGCAUUCCAUUACUUUCUCUUAAUAAUUGUUAGAAUGAACAGAUGCAGGUAGUUGGAAAAGAGGUAGUUUCUUAAGUCUUAAAUGACUUUCUUAAGAGUUUCUCUGUUCCUCUACCCAGAAUGUGCAGGGAAAGGAGAGUGUUGGGCUUCACAAAGCCAUCAAGCUGAUAGCAGUUCUGUGAUUGUAACAAAAAAGCACUUUGCGAAAGGCCAUCCAGAAUAUUGUGUGCUGUCUCCUUUGAUUAUUACUGUUGUUGUUAUUGUUGUUUUUUUUCCAUCUUGUUGAUGUGUUUUUUUUUUUUUUUUAAUCUCAUUGUGGAUGUAAUGAUUUAUUUAAUGCAAAAACUACAUGAAAAGAAAAGAAACUUGAACAUGCGAUAUAUUUGGGUUGAAGUCCAUUUGAACUGCCGCCCCGUACCACACACAUCUCUGGAGAAACACACAAAACAAAGAAUGGCAUAUGUUCAAGUUGUUGUACAUGUUUUCUUUUAACAGUUUUGCAUCUAUAAACUCAAAUCUCAUCACAAAGGACUUUACAUUUGCUUAAAGGACAUUUCUUCCUGGGUUUCCAUUGUUCUGCAAGAUGCUUCAUAGACAAAUACAGAAUUUAUAAGAUAAUAGAUGUAGAUUAUUGGUAUUGUUGGGGCAUAACUAUCCCCGACAAUGUCCACUAAAAGGCUGCAAAUACUCUACUUGCAAUCCACCCUGUCCAAGGCAGGUUUGGACCAUUAUACUUAUACAUUAUACAUUAACUUUCCUGCAUAUGGACAUGUGAUAUUUCUAAUUACAUUCCUUCUAUGUUGUUAGAUGGUAAAAUAUAUUUUCCACAAUGUUUUUGCAUAGAGUUUAUAAGGGACUCAUAUACUAUAUUCCAAGCUAACAUCUCUUGUACGUUUCACAUUUCUUGUAUCAAAUCUGUACACGCAAUUCAUCAUAUUGGUAAACAGCUGAACGGACGCAAGCUCUGCACAGAAAACAAUAAUUCAUUUUCGGGCUUUGGGGGCACUUUUUAACACUUGUUGACUUUGGGGCGGCAGAAAAUUCCCAAUGUCUCAGGCUUGGACAGCAGAAACCCUUUUUUUGUUUUGUUUUGUUAAUUCAAGUCCUGUUCCUUUCCAUUGUCUGUCAGUGUGUGUUGAAGCUAUUGAGAUGUACAGGAGAAUUUUGGGAGAAUUUGCACUUUUGGCGAUGAAAAGAAUUUGUAUUGUAUAUGAGACCACUAAAUCUACAUCGUCUAAAUCAAACAAUUCCAUGUUGUUUUCCUUUUUCAUUUUAUUCUAUUUUUUUUUUCUUUUUUGUUUUGUUUUUACAAAAUAUAUCCAAAAAUGUCUGACGUUUAAGAAAUAAGACAUUUCUAUUAAAAACAGAAUGUUUACGACCUCCUUUUGUAUGCUAUAAUUUCAAAAAUUACAAGUGUGUAAUACAGUUAUGCCUAUAUCUAUAUGUAUAUGAAUGAAGUGAAAAGGAAGCUGUUUUAAUCCUGCAAU